AUGAGUUUUCUGCACAAAAUCAGUUCAAUUGGCUCUAAAAUUGGAGCUGAUGAAGUUAAGUACGAUUUAAAUGUUACAAUACACCAUAUUACAGCAAAAUUAAACACUGGAGGCAUUUUUAAAGUUGUAGUGAAGCGAGGCGCUGACAAAAAAGAAGAAACCCAGCCAAUGCACUAUGAUGCAGCCCAAUCCAAGGUCAUUUUUGAGUAUCCAGUUUCUUUUUUAGUCACAAUGUAUAGAAAAGGGAAUAAAUUUGGCAAAAAAGAUCUCAGCUUCAGGAUGGUGGAUUUAUCAGCCAAUAAAAAAGGAGAAAAGAAUGGAAAAGCUAUAAUAGAAGUCCAAGAUUUGGCGAUAGCAAAUUCAUCAAUAAUAAGAAAAGAGUUUCCAUUGAAGGGAUGCACUGAUAAAAAAGCUGUGAUUUGUGUUAGUAUUAGCGCAGCUGAAACUAUAAAUGAUAGAAAUCAGUCUGUUUAUAGUAAUGAAAAACCGGGAAAUAGAUAUAGAGGGAGAAUCCAAACUUCGACUAGGAUUUUUAACCCGGAUUCGCCUAUAAGAAAUUACAAUAGAAACGCUACUUUUGUGGCUAAUAGUGAGUACUUAGACCAGAAGAACAGGCUUUCGUCAAGUUUUGCAGGAAUUGAAAGGCAUGAUGAGGAAGAAAUUGACACAGAAAAAAGGACAGAAGUUAAUGAAAGCUUAUUCAGAACAAAUUCUGUUAACACACAAGAAAGUGAAGAAAUUGUUAGAAAUUUAUCUGAUCAGUAUUAUGAGCCUGAAGAUCAAAGAUCUCCACAGUCCUCUCCUCUGCGAGCAAAGCAAAUUUUUUUAAAUUGUUUAUGUAAAAAUCUAUUUUUAAAACUUAAAAUUUAUUAUAAUAUAAUUGAGAAUUACGUUAGAUUUUUAAUAUAAUUGAUAUCUUUCAAGAUAAAUUAUUUAUUAAGUUUUUUUUAAAGCUUAUUACACCUUUUAGGUUAAUUUUAGAUUAGUCUGUGAGUCAGAAGAAAUUCACUUAUAAGGCUGAGCCCAUUUUUGAUUUUGAUGAGUUUAUAUCAUCUCCUCAAGCUGAGCAACCUAUAAUUCCUAAUGAUUCAUCACCAGCUGAAGCUUCAGCAAAUGAAAUUUUAAAUCCUGAAGAAUUAACAAUUAAAACUGAAAAUGAAGAAAAUAUUUUACUUGAUGAAAAAAAUAAGCCAGAAGAAGAGUUAAUUAUAGAAGUUGAUGAAAAAGAAGAAGAGGAUAAAGAAAACGAAGCAAAAAUCGAAAUUCCUAUAAUUUCUCCAAGAAGCUUAAUAUAUAGAAAUCUCGAAAUAUUGAAAGAAAAUAUAAUAAAUCCUAAAGAAUCUUGUAUAGAAUCUGAAGCAUCAAGUUCGGAAGAAGAAUUAAUAGAAAUUGACCAGGAAGAAUUAAUUAAAGCUCAGCUCCCGCCCUCAAGAUUAGAUCAAGCUGUGGCGAAUGCAAAAAGCAAAGAAAAGCAGUUAUCAGAAAAAGAAAAAUCAAAUGGACUUGUUGAGACAAGACGAGCAGCUUGUGCGAAAUGCACUGUAUUUUAA